CGUCAAACGUCAUUCGUGAUCGUAGAUCGUGUUUAUUACUAAAUAGUUAAAUACUAAUAAGAAAUUUAAUAUUAGCUGUUGGCCUGUUGUUGAAAAUACGUGGUAUUGCCUGAAUGGUUUAUAUUGAGGAUCUCUUAGAUUAUUAGUAUCCAUCAGCCUAGAACUCCUAUCAACUUUAUUAAAUUAUUGUGGAAACACCAAACUGUAUAAAUUACUAAACAGUGUAAUAAUGUCAGUGGCUAAUAGAAGGAAACCAGUAGAAAAGGAGCAGUUGUUAGAGAAUGGUGAUAAAAAUCUCAAUACCGAAAAGAGUAACAUUAAGGGAGAUGAAUGGAAUAUCGCUGUUUUAUUAUUUUUGUACGCUUUACAAGGUAUUCCCCUUGGCUUAGCUGGAGCUGUACCAAUGCUUCUUCAAAAUCGUGGUAUUACAUAUACACAACAAGCAGAGUUUAGUUUUGUUAACUGGCCAUUUAGUGUCAAAUUACUGUGGGCUCCAAUAGUUGAUGCUCUGUUUAUGCCAAACUUUGGCAGAAGAAAAACAUGGCUUGUACCCAUUCAGUAUAUGAUUGGUAUUGUAAUGUUAAUAAUGUCAAGUAAUAUAACUGAUUGGCUCGGUUCAAAAGAAGUAGCGCCAUCUAUGACUUUUCUGACAAUAUCUUUCUUAUUUUUGAACUUCCUGGCUGCUACCCAGGAUAUUGCAGUUGAUGGAUGGGCAUUAACAAUGCUAAAAAGAUGCAACGUGGGUCAUGCCUCAACUUGUAACACAGUGGGACAAACAGCUGGUUUUUUCCUGGGCUAUGUUUUAUUCUUAGCGUUAGAGUCUCCCUACUUUUGUAAUAAGUAUUUAAGAUAUGAACCAGAAACAGAAGGCCUUGUCACACUUUCAAGUUUCCUACUUCUGUGGGGGUGGGUGUUUAUAAUAACAACAACAUUGAUAGCUAUAUUUAAGCAUGAGACCAAUGAUGUGGUAAAUUCUAAAGAGGGCCAAGGAAAAGGGAUGAAAGAUAUAUUAAAUGCAUAUAAACAGCUUUACACCAUAGUGAAGUUGCCAGCUGUUAGGACAUUGGCUUUGGUAUUGUUUACAGCCAAGGUUGGUUUUUGUGCAAGUGAUGCUGUAUCAGGCUUAAAACUAGUUGAGGCUGGUGUUCCUAGGGAAGACUUAGCAUUGCUAGCAGUACCUCUAGUUCCAGUUCAAAUUUUAAUGCCAAUAGUUCUAGCAAAACAUACUACUGGUCCCGAGCCACUGUCACUCUGGCUGAGAGCGUUCCCACUGCGCCUCCUGGUGGGUCCUCUAGCUGCCGCCCUCGUCGCGCUCACGCCGACUCUGAUCGGGGACUCUGGAAUUUCGUAUUCAUACUUCUUGAUUCUUCUGUGCCUAUACGUAUUUCACCAGACCUGCUUAUACUGUAUGUUCGUGGCGGUAAUGGCGUUCUUCGCCAAGGUGUCAGACCCGUCAGUUGGAGGUACCUAUAUGACACUGCUCAAUACUGUGUCGAACCUGGGCACUAAUUGGCCAAACACUCUCGCGCUGUGGGCGGUCGACCGCCUCACCUACAGGACGUGUAGUAACCUGGAACUCAGUGACAACACUUGUUCCACUGACUUGGAAACCGAGGUUUGCAAGAACAGUGGUGGAGUAUGCAAUGUACGGGUUGAUGGAUUUUAUAUAGAAACAGGCCUGUGUCUCAUAGCUGGUGUCCUCUGGCUCCAGUGGGGUAGGAAGACCAUGAAGAGACUCCAGCGGCUACCACCGAGCAGUUGGCAGAUUGGUAGACUAAGUAGAUAAGAGCAAACGACGGGUACCUGCACCACUAGCUAAUAUAUGUUAAGAUGGAACACCAUCUGAUCUAGUAAAUUAAAUUAUUAAGACUCUCGUCAGACAUUAUUAACUUAUUUUUUAAUACGGCUUUACUCACGUUUUACCGGUGUGGGUACCGACUAGUUUCGGUACCACAAGCCAAUACUUUGUGCAAUAAAAACUUUGUCUCGCAAGCUGCUGGAAGCCAAAGAAAUUUACCGUCGACCUAAUUUUAAUAGAGACAAGGGUUGGUCUCUGUCUGCCACUUGGAAACCAGUGUUACAAAACGCGUCUCGCAAUAAGACCCAUAGUGCCGAUAAUCACGUAGUGGACACGUGAGUACAUUUUAUGCAUCCGUGGACACCAAAAGUGACAUAUGUUAUGUUAUGUCCAGCCGCGCACUACGAGCACAAGUCCGCAGUAAGAGGUGGGACGUUAUCGCGAACCCACCACACUCACCCUGACGAAGGACUUCCGAAUAGUUCUAAACUAGUCGGUACCGACACCGAUAAAACGUGAGUAAAGCCGUAUUAAAAAAUAAAAUGAUCUAGUAAAGUUCAAAUUGUGUUUUUAUUGUACCUACUAUCUGUGAAGUGGGCUUCAAAUGAAACUCGGUUGUGUGCACCACUAAUAAAUCAAAUGAUACAAUCUUAUAAGGUGAUAAUACGUAUUAUAGUAGCACAAUUUAUUAUAAUUUAUAUUAUACGAAUGCAAUAUUAGUUUAAUAUAGAUCAGUUUUAUUUAUAAAUAGUCGAAUGAAUGAUUUUUAAUGUUUGACUAAACAAUAGUCUAUAAUUCAUAUAAUCCUCCAACAUUCACAUAUUUUUGUUAAGAAUAAAUUAUCGAAUAGUUUUUUAUUUUCGAAAAUAUGUAUUAUUAAAGUAAUAUUGUUAACAGAUUUAUCCUUGGAACAUUAUUUUUACGACCGAUUGUAUGAAACGUGCAGUGAUUUGACAUAAGUUUGAAAUAGUUGUAAUUACAGCAUGGCGAUUGGCGACGAAGUAUAAUCCGGCUAAGUUUGAAAGCGAACAGUUGCUUAAAACGUAGUGGAAUUUAGCUAUCUCUGUUUCUUACAACAUUAUAGCCGUCAUCUGUCAAUCUAUCAAUGACUGCACGUUUCAUACAAUCGAGUGAAUCGCAUGUUUUUACGGCCGUUCCCAAUAUUCAGUCUAUCUCUUACUUGAGAUAAAAAUCGUAACUACCGUUGGCUUUUCUGUCCCAAUAGACUUAUCGACGGUAACUCACCUUAUCCGUGCACGCUGUCUGUCAAUGGGACGACGUAUAGCUUACCAGCGAUAUAAAGUUUGUAUGGAAAUUGCAAUUCACGCGUCCCAAUAUAAGGCGAUAAGAAUGACUUAUCGGGUAUAUUGGGACAGCUUCAGAUUAUUGACAGUAGAAGGUAGUAAUUUAUCUCUAUCUGUAGAAAGUAUAUUGGGAACGGCCGUUAGGGAGUUUCGCUAGGCUGGCAUUCCUUCCGAGUUGGGACACCCGGACUAUCCCUAAGUAACAACAUUCCAGAACAAUUUGUUAUGUUUUUAAAGGGAUAAGCCUCACUUCUAGGAUUAAUACACAAAUAAAAUUUUAUGAACGAACGAAAAAAUUUUCAAGAGCGACAUCUCAAGUCAAUUUCCUAAUAUGCAAAGACUGGGGUUAAGCAGGUUAUCAACUGUAGAUCCUUUUUUUUUUUUUUUAUGGAAUAGGAGGACAAACGAGCGUACGGGUCAUCUGGUGUUAAGCGAUCACCGCCGCCCACAUUCUCUUGCAACACCAGAAGAAUCACAAGAGCGUUGCCGGCC